GCUUCGGCUAUCGUUUUACAUGAAAGCGGGCCUAGUUGCUCUGGAUGAUAUACGCGUCGACACUGGGUCAUGCCCACAAAGAGACUUUUGCUCCUGGGAAGUUGGAUCGCCGUGCCAGGUGAUACCAGGUCCAAACAGCUACGACACCUGGGAAAUUCGGCGCGCCAUGCAUGUCUGCUUUGCAGACCACACGAUCAAGGACAUGACAGGACGGUACUUGUACCUAAACACGACAGCAGUCGACUCGCACCACCCUGUCUCCAGGGUGUUCAUGCAAAGACGUCCACCCACCGAUGCCACUUGCGUUACUUUCUGGUAUAGCGGCUACGGGGUCAUUAACCGACUGAAUGUGUACAGAUUUACAACAGAGAGAGCGCUAAGUGAUCCGUUGGUGUCCGUGUAUUCACAUUCGCAAAACUGCCAGUGGAGGGCACGCACCGUGACCAUCACUUCAAGCACAGAAUGGAACGUGGGUUAA